AUGACCAAAAGGCAAGGAGAUGGUCCUGAGGUCCUGUUAGCAGUCAGGGAGGUGGCAGAUGUGAUGGCAGGGACCAUCCAACAGAGCCCCCGAGGCUACAAUAAAAUGGUGGCUCACAUAUUGAAAUCUGAAACUCCUCGGGUGAAAAGCCCUCUGAAGGCUGUACCAGAUGUGGCCUGUGGGGCCUCCCAAGCCCAGAAAGAUGAGUUAAUCCGGGAAGGAAAUGAUUUUGAACUUGCAUCAAACUCAGCGGCUUUGAUCCAACGGGCCAUAACAACUGAAAACAAGGCUAUCAGAGGAGCUGUGGGUGGCAGUCCUGUCUCCCGAACAAGGACCAAGCUGCUGGCUGCAGGCUGGACCCAGAACGGCUCCAGACGCAGAUGGUCUCACAUGGUGCUAUGCUGUGAAAAUCCUGGUCGCCGAACACAUGCACUUGUAAACAAAGCUCUCUCCCCCUCUAAAGCCCCCAAAGCCACUGAUGUCUGCAAGAUCCUCCCCCUGAGUGCCCUCCCUUCCAACUUGGAAUCUUCUGCCCCAUCAUGGAUGACAUGCUACAUGACUAUUCUCCAGGUUCCAUGUCCCAGAGACUUCACCACAUCCUGGAGCAGUGCCACCAGAGAGACUCCAGGAAGCAGCUUCACAGGUGACUCUAGCUUCUGUCGGCUUGACAUGCAACUAGGCAGUGCCGAAGCGAAGAAGGAAAAGAGAGAAAGAAGAUGAAAGAAAGCCGAGAAGAUGAAAAGGACAAGGGGAGCAGCAGUGGAAAGAAGAAAGGUGGUAGAGGAAUAUGGCAGAAUUACAUCAUGUGCCUGUAUGAAAUGCCGUGAUAAAACCAUUUAUUAUGUACUAUAAUAUGUGCUAAUAAAACAUGUAGAAAAGAAUGAAACUUAAUGGCAUUUGAAGCAGUCAC